AUGAACGGAGGUUCGUGUGUUCCUUCAAGUCAAGGCGGAUACAGUUGCUCUUGUCCAUUGUCUUAUGGUGGCGCUUACUGUGAAUUAGGUGGGUAAUAACUCUUAAUUUAGAUUGUACUAUCAUCAGUAAACUGCAUGCUGUCGCUCACUCUGCAUGCAGCCUUUUUCUGUUUAUGGCAAAGAUUUAUUUCAGUCAGUGACACAGGCGCUUAAAAAUUUUUAGUUUUCCCAACAGGGGUAUUUGUAUUUUGUAUUUUAUUUACUCCAUUCUAUAAAUAAUACAUCAGUUGUACAAUAUUAAUUAGUAGAAAGUUGAUUAAACUACGUGUACAGGGUCUGUACAUAAUGUUAGCAAGAAAAAUUUAGAAUAGAGAAGGGCACAUUAUAGUAAAACUAAUAAUGGCCCUUUAACAAGAUUGACUUUAUUCUAUUACAGCUUUGUUAUUCAUUAAGACACACGCUUAAGUCAGUAUUGAGCAAGAUAACAUUUUUUAAGUACCUUCUUGAACAACAGGAAUUCUUACACGAAAAACUAACCUAUUUAAACAUACAAAAAAGGCAGUAAAUAACACCAAACUAGCCAGCUUCAAAAGACACGGCCAUCAUCAUCGCUGAUCGCUGACCGCUGACCAUCUGGAGUCGAACCUAUGACCUUCUGGUUGCUAGUCCAGAUGCUCUACCAUUGAGCUACAGGAGACUUGUGGGAGCUAAGGCCACUAAACUACAACCUUGGUAAAAACUCUAGGGACACUAACACAAGUGCUUGUCCAAUUGAGGCAUCUUUCCUGCCCCCUCCCCCCGAGGAGGUAGAACAUGAGGUAGAACAUGAGUUAAUUUAGCAAAGUGAGUCUUUUGCCGGCCUAUUUCCUCAAGUGUCCCAAAAUGUUUUGACCAAGGUUGUUAAGGCUCAUUUGCUUACUGCCAGGACUGAAAUACCGAUAUGUGCUUUAGCGAAAUGAUAGAAAUGCGGUGGUGAAUUUUAAUUUUAAUUUUGGUUAAUGCACGAGAAGGGCGUUUUCUUUAAUCAGCAACACAGAGUACUGUUGUUUUAACGAGAGAACACGUGGUCAGUCGGUGAACACAACAUUAAACGUACAUCAUUUUUUAACAGGUUACUUCUGGUGUCAAAGGACAAACUUCUAUCAUCCAGACAUAUUCUGGCUGAACAAAGGCAAAUUUGAUAAGAUUACUUAUUCAAUCAGUUCAGACCACUACAUCAUUAGUGUCAUGGAAGGUGCAACCUUCACACCUGGAAUCUCCGUCAUUGUAACCAUUAACUUAACGGACACACAGGGAAAUUUGAUCGCCACGGCAUCCCGCAAUCACACCUUUGAGGGCGUAGAAUACUUGAAUGUGUUUUUUGACCAACCAUAUCGUCUAACAGCUGGUCAGGAUUAUAUCGCAGCUACCAUGGUAUAUGUUCCUCCCUCUACUUAUCCUCCUUUGUUAAAGUAUGUUAAUGCGAUAAAUUUGACACAGUGUGGCCCUGGUAACACGACAGUCAUCUUUUCUAGCGCCUCGAAACAAGAGACGGAUGAUUCGAACGGCUCAACAGUGGAAGAA